AUGUCGCCGGCGGAGAUGGAGUCCGACAAGGUCGUUGAGGCGGCGGCGGAUCCUGAGGAGCGAGGCGCUGGCGACCCCAAGGCCUGCGACGACUGCAACACCACCAAGACGCCGCUCUGGCGCGGCGGACCCAACGGACCAAAGUCGCUGUGCAACGCGUGCGGGAUCCGGUACCGGAAGAGGCGGCGGGUGGCCAUGGGGCUCGACCCGGAGGCCAAGAGGAAGCCCAAGAGGGACGACGCCGCCAUAUCCAUAUCCAAGGCAGCAGCCGAAGCAGCAGCACAGGCUUCUACUACCAAGGAGGAGGACACCAAGGCAGGGGACCAGAAGGCCGACGAUGAGAAGGCGGCCAAGAAGACCAAGAAGACGGCGACGACGCACACCGUGGAGCUCCACAUGGUUGGGUUCGCCAAGGACGCGGUGCUGAAGCAGCAGCAGCGGCGGCGGCGGCAGAUGCGACGGAGGAAGCCGUCGUGCCUGGGCGAGGAGGAGCGCGCCGCCAUCCUCCUCAUGUCACUCUCCUCAGGCGUAAUAUACGCCUGA